AGUUUAAAGAACUUGUACUGAAGGGUGAAAUAUCAAAAAGUGAAAGUUUCUAUGAUUAUAGAAACUAUUGAAUCUUUACAUAAAAAAGAAGACUAAUUAUUCUAUUGGUUCUUGAAUUGAUACCAUUUAUGUAUUUUUAAAACUUUGAAAUCAAUAAUUUCAAGGUGGAUUAGAAAUAUCAUUAGUAUUGACUACAAUGCUCUUCGAUAUUUGUUACGUUAUGCUAAGCUUCCUUUAAUUCAAAAUAUUCUAAAAAUUAUUGCAUCAAGUAGUUUUAUCAUAAUUUGAUUCCGAGUUUAAUAAUAAUAAAAAUAUAUAUGAAAAACUUAUUACGAUUAGUUGCUUAGCAAGAAAGGAACGCGUCAUGUGCGUCCAGUGACAUUGUCACUGUUAACAGUAGUUCCUUCCUCUGACAUUUGUCAAAACUUGCAAAUUUAAGGUGCAGAAUUUUGUUUGUUUUGCGGUAAACGAUGAUUUUAUGACUAAAAGUUGCUAAUAUGCUAAAACGGGUGCAAUAUUGUGGCACAAUAUUAUUUUUUUUAACAUUAGUUUAUGUGACUAGAAUAGUUUUAAGUGAAAUAUUUGAAAAUGAAAGCUCUGAAGUCGACGAAUGGUUGGAACAAAAUGAACUUGGAGACUAUAAGAAAUUAUUCAAAGAUCUCGGAAUAUCGACACUAUCCGGAUGUGGGUCACCAGAGAAUAUGGAAAGAUUACCAGAGUUGCCUGCAUCAGAGGAGAGAAGAUUACGACGUGCAGCGCAUGUUUUGCAGCAGAGGCUCGUAUUGCGGCAGUGGCUGGCCACUCACAAACUACAGCACGCUUAUUCUAAGCUUCUCAGCUUGGACGUUUCCUCCUUAGAAGAUGUGUACUGGUUGGAAGAUACGACCGCCAGACACGUGAUCGAUCCGAAAGACUUCAACGCGUGGUCCGCAGCGAGACAGAGUUUGCCAACAGGCAAGGAGGCGCUCCAGUCUCUCAAGUCGGACUUGUGGAGUGCGGUCGUUAAAAAUAGCAAACAUCAAGAUGCUUGGACUUGGGGUGGCAUGCUAGUAGUCUCUAUCUCAGUAUGCGGGCUGGUCACUUUGGCUGCUAUGACGCAGCCUUCACUGGCUCCUGAGGCUAAACAUUCUCUUCUGCAAUAUGUCACUGGAAAGUACUUACAUCCACCAAGUUGUAAGGUGGAAUGGGGUUGGGAAGAACCCCAGGCUGUUGGAGACACGAUGUGCUUUACAGUGUUCUGCUUCCAACGUAAUGGUCAGCCGUACCCCAUAUGUGACACUGAUGAGCUGGUUGUCAAUAUUUCGCACGGGACUAGGAAGAUAACGGCGGUAGUGGAGCUCGGCUCGGGGGACCCGGCGAAGGCGAACAUCGCGCGCGUCAAGUUCACCGUCCGCACGGCCGGCGUGUACAUUAUUAAUAUAUUAAUAGGCGGGCAGGUGGGCGCGGGCGGCCCGUUCCGCAAGUGGUUCCUGGCGGGGCGCGUGCAGGCGCGGCGCUCGCGCGUGGGCCGCGCGCACGGCGCGCUCGUGUGCACGGCGCAGCGCGCGCGCCACCUGCACGUGCACCCGCGCGACCGCUUCGACAACCCCGCCACGCUGGACCGGCCCGCCGACCAGGGCUUCUCCGUGGAGCUGGCCCCGCUGGGCGGCGCGCCCGAGCCGGCGCUGGCCGCGGCCGCCACCUUCGAGUACGACGCCGUCAACCAGCGCGUGAGCCUGGCGCUCUGCUUCCCACGCGCCGGCGUGUUCCGCGCCGCCGUCUACUACGAGCGCGUGCCGCUGCUCAACGGGGAGUUCGACUGCAUCGUGCUCACGGCGGGCGACGCGGCGUCGGUGCAGCGGCAGCUGGGCGCGCGGCGCGGCGCGUCGUUCGAGGCGCGCGUGGUGGGCGCGCGCGCGCGGCGCGUGCUGUGCUGCCUGAGCGCCAAGCAGCUGCUCGUGAAGGACUACAUCCUGCGCUUCAUCCCCAAGCGCAUCACGUCGUUCCGCCUGUGCCCGUCCACGCGCCUGCAGCUGGCGGCGCGCGCGGACGGCGCGGGCCCGGCCGGCGAGCUGACGCUGGACGACGGCGUGCAGCCCGCGCUGCGCCUGUGGAGCGCCGAGCGCGACCUGCUGGCCGCCGCCUUCACGCAGCUGCUGCUCGCCAACUGCGGCGGCGAGGACGGCUUCAAGAACAAGCAGGACUUCUUCUACAGCGAGGUGCGCAAGGCGCACGCGCGGCACCCGCACGAGAAGCUGGCGCUGCGCGUGAACCGCGCCGACCUGGUGCGCUCGAGCCUGAAGGCGACGCGCCACUUCACGCUGGCCGACUGGUGCAAAAACUUCGACGUGAGCUUCCAGGGGGAGCAGGGCGUGGACUGGGGCGGCGUGCGUCGCGAGUGGUUCUCCCAGCUGUGCGCGCAGCUGUUCGACGCUAAGUUCGGGCUGUUCGUGUCGUGCCAGGACUCUCCGGCCGGCCUCGUGCACCCCAACCCCGAUCGGCCGCCGCACCUCAAGCUGAAGCACUUCGAGUUCGCGGGCAAGAUCAUGGGCAAGUGCCUGUACGAGAGCGCGCUGGGCGGCGCCUACCGCCAGCUCGUGCGCGCGCGCCUGGCCAGGUCCUUCCUCGCGCAGAUCAUCGGCCUGCGCGUGCACUACAAGUAUUUCGAACAAGACGAUCCCGAAUUAUAUUUGUCCAAAAUUAAAUAUAUUCUCGAAACGGACCUGGACGCCCCGGAUUCCCUGCCGGAGAUCUACUUCUCGGACGACGUGUACGACUCCACGGGAAAAUUUAUCGAGACCCGCGACCUCGUGCCCAACGGUGCCUCGAUACGGGUGCGCAACGACAACAAGCUGCAGUACCUGGACGCGCUGGCGCAGUGGCGGCUGGCGGCGCGCUGGCGGCCCGAGACGGACGCGUUCCUGCGCGGGCUGACGCUGCUGGUGCCCGACAACCUGCUGGCCAUCUUCGACGAGAACGAGCUGGAGCUGCUGGCGUGCGGCACGGACGAGGUGUGCGUGUCGGACUGGCGCGCGCACGCGCUGCUGGCGGGCGCGGGGCGCGACUGGCAGCGCCGCCUGGCGUGGCUGUGGGCGGCCGUGGGCAGCUUCAGCGCCGAGGAGCGCGCGCGCCUGCUGCAGUUCACCACGGGCUGCGCGCAGCUGCCGCCCGGCGGCUUCCAGGAGCUCAACCCGCGCUUCCAGAUCACGGCGGCGCCCACGUUCGGCGCGCUGCCCACGGCGCACACGUGCUUCAACCAGCUGUGCCUGCCCGACUACGACUCGUACGAGCAGCUCGUGCGCGCGCUGCUGUGGGCCAUCAACGAGGGCGGCGAGGGCUUCGGCAUGAUCUGACUCCGCGGACCUAUCAUUCUUCUUUCGUUUUGUGUUACCGUUGAGUCCAGUAUGUAUGCCAUUUAUGCGAGUAUUUGUUUCAACGUGUUUGCAAUACUUCCCAAAGAUUAUAAUAUUUUUUGGAGUCCCUAGCUCCGAUAACGUUACGUUACACAUGAUUUGCCAAUAUGGCAAAUGGAGAAUUUGAUAAAACGGUCUAUUAAUUGUAUUGGACAAUAAUAUACGAGCAAUCACAAUGUCGCUGUGUGACAAAUUUUAUUUCGGGCAUAAAAUAAAACAAAAGCAUUUGCUGAUGAGAUAUUGAUGCCACUUGCAUUGUUCAUAAAUUCGAAACUAUUUUGAUAGGACUAGAAAUAUUGCUCUCUCUGCUGAGUCUUUGGAGUUAAAGAAGUCUUAGAACUGUCAAAUUAGAAAUUAUGUUCAAUUGAAUCGAGACCAUAACUAAAAUUGCUUAGAAUUAAUAUUUAAUGUAAAUAGAAAUUUGAUCUCAAAUAAAAACAAAACAUGAUUAUUGCAUAGUUGGACUAUCGAUAUCGAUAAUAUCGAGUGUUAACUAUUGACAGCACUAUGUUGUGAUCUGGUUGUGUGAA